AUGCCUUCAUUUAAGAGAAAAUGGAAGUCCUCUCAUGCUCCAAUUGCAUCUCAUACGUCCGGGCCACGAGGUAUAGGCCUCUCUAGUCGAGCAACGAGUGUUUCCAAUCGCCCUUCUCAAACUCCAGUUCCAUCCGUGCGAUCACCUGGGACUACCAAUACCAAGAUUGAGACAGAUCGUUCAAUUGGAGUAACUGACAAUGAGUUCGAUGACCAUGUCAUUGCAGCCGUUGAUAUGAAGGAUGACACUACCGUCGGAUGCGCCUACUAUUCAGCCGAAGAAGAGAAAAUGUACUUACUCGGUGACAGCCGCUCCGGAGGCUUAGAGACAAUCGAGACUUUGCUGCUCCAGAUCAAACCAACAGUCGUUCUAAUGCCUCCUCGUGUUGAUCUGGAUGUACAGAACCAAAACCAAAACCUUGCGCAAGAAGAUGGUAUCUCUAUCUUGCCCUCGCUCGACUUCCUCAUUUUUAUUUGUAUGCUGAUAAUGUGGGCUCUAGUUUCGUCGGCCUAUCUUCCUUACCAGAUAGACGUUCGUCCAACAUCAGAGUUCAGCUACUCAAAUGCCGAAAGCAGACUCCUUGGGCUGGAAAUCUCAUCUAAUCACGAAGAACGAAUUCGGUUUUUCGUGCCCCAGAACGGUCUUGAAGGCCCCGAAGAGGUUAAUCCAGAAGAGAUGGGGUUCACACUUCAAGAAGGAAGACUGCUGCACAUUUCUAGCUCUAUCGACAUGGACAAUCCGGUGACCAUUGGCUGUGCAGGAGCCGUACUUCAAUGCCUCCAGCGGCGAAAAUCAUCAGCGCCGACACCUCUCGAAGGUGGAAACUAUUAUCAAGUUCGAGCGCUGCAGAUGUUCAACAUUCGGAAUACGAUGUGGAUUAACAACAACACAUUCACUUCUCUGCAAAUCAUCCAACCGGAAUCGCAUCCGAAUAUGUUCAAUCAAGGCCCGGGCAAAAAAUCAGCUUCGGGGAAAGAGGGUCUUUCUGUUUAUGGUCUCUUUCAUCGUUUUGCGUACACACCUCAAGGUAGGGCAAGACUCAGGCAGAUCUUCUUUCGGCCCAGUCUAGAUUUGAACAUCAUUCGAGAACGCCAUGACUUCAUCGAUGUUUUUUCUCGACCUGAUAAUCUUGCGGUGCUGGAGAAAACGACCAAGGCUUUGAAGCAUGUCAAGAACUUGAGGCUUGUUAUGGUCAAUCUUCGAAAAGGAGUUAGUACUGGCAGUGGAAAAAUCACCGGGUUCAAGACUACGGUUUGGGCUUGUCUGCUUGCUUUUGCAUUUUACACCAUUGAUAUCCUAGAUGCACUACAGGAGGUCUCUGGGGCAGAGGCCUUAGUCCUCCGAACCAAGGCUCUUCGCGUAUUUGAAGCAGCACAGCUCUACAGAGUGGGCCGCAUGAUCCAAGAAAUUGUCGAUAUCGACAAUUCUGAAGAUCAAGGAAGAACGGUAGUAAAACAAGGAGUUGAUAGAGAGCUCGACAGAAUCAAGGACAGAUAUGAUGGACUCAGCAGUCUUCUCAAGCAUGUUGCCCUUGACAUCGCAGCGACUAUCCCUGAAGUCCUCGAUCUUGAUGUAAACGUGAUCUACUUCCCUCAGCUUGGGUUCAAUAUCACCAUUCCACUGGAUGAUCAUGGCGUGGCACUCUACAGUGGCGCCAAUAACGAGUGGGAGUUGAUGUUCAUCACGGAGAACAGGGGGUAUUUCAAAGACUAUCGUAUGCGAGAGAUGGAUGAGACUCUAGGAGAUAUCUAUGGUAUUAUCUGCGAGAAAGAAAUUGAGAUUGUAUACGAUUUGGCUCAGAGGGUGCUUCAAUAUGAGAACGUGCUUGUCGAUGCAUCUGAUGUCUGUGGAGAAAUUGAUAGUCUUCUUGCUCUUGCGCAGGGCGCCAGUUUCUAUAAGCUGGCUCGUCCCCGAAUGGUUUCAGAGAAUUGCAUCAAGAUCAAGGGUGGAAGACACAUGCUCCAAGAAAUGACAGUGCCAUCGUAUGUGCCGAACGAUACAUUGCUCGUUGGUGGAGAUGGGGAAGUUAAUAGCAAUGAUGCACCUCCUUCUUCGGAUCACAACCCAAGUAUGUUGAUUUUGACUGGGCCGAACUAUUCAGGCAAAAGUGUUUAUAUGAAGCAGGUGGCUCUCAUUGUUUUCCUGGCACAAAUUGGAAGCUUUGUUCCUGCAGUGAGCGCCGAGCUGGGAAUCACUGACAAGAUCUUGACCAAGAUCAACACCCAAGAGAGUGUCUCCAAGAUCCAAAGCACUUUCAUGAAUGACCUACAGCAAAUCUCACUAUGUUUGAAGGAAGUCACGAGCCGCAGUCUGAUUUUAGUUGAUGAAUUUGGCAAAGGAACCAACGAGGGCGAUGGCAUAGGGCUUGCCUGUGGAGUCCUUGAGUAUUUACUAAAUCUUGAAACUGCUUCCAAGAUCAUCGCAGCAACCCAUUUUCAUGAGAUCUUCGAGAAUGAUUUUCUUGCACUACGACCACGGUUACAACUCGGACACAUGGAGGUCCAGGUUGAUCAACAAGUUCAACAAGUUGCGGAUCAAGUCACAUAUCUUUACAACUUUCGUCUUGGACGAAGUAACAAGAGCUUCGGCACGAUCUGCGCGGCUAUCAAUGGCAUCGACUCAGCCAUCGUUUGUCGUGCAAACGAGAUCGCCCGCCUCCUGGCUCGGGGCGAGAACAUUGUCGCUGCAUGUGCGGUGUUAUCUCCGAGAGAGAUGGAAGAGCUUGAAGAAGCGGACUUACUCGCGAGAAAAUUCCUGGAACUUGACUUUUCGCAUGGAGCCUCAAACCGCAGCACGAAUGAGGUUUUUGAAGGCUUAUUUGACGCUUCGGGACAAUGA